AUGGCAACUAUCUCGACGUCCAAGGGCGGUGCGCCCAGCGUCAUGACGCGAUUUCUCGGUCUGCUCCGCAAUUUUCGUGAGUCUGUGACCGAUGCAGAAGUACGCGAGUAUUUCCAGGCAGAAGGAAGUGGCGGUGGCUACGAGGAAUUGCCGGAUGUGAUUAAUGCACUGCUGGGUGAGGGCAAAAUCAAGAUUUUUAAGAAAGGAAACGUGCUUUCGUAUGGAAUUGUGAAUGCAGAAGAGGCAGAACGUAUUCGUGGACUCACAUUGGAACAGCGUCUAGUGUUGCAGGAGAUUGAGCGUGCAGGUAACAAGGGCAUUUGGACGCGGGAUAUUAAAUCACAUACAAACAUUCCACAGCAAAUUGUGACCAAGACGUUGCGAUUGCUAGAGACGCGACGUCUUGUCAAGUCGGUCAAGUCCAUAAGCAGCAAGAACAAGAAGCUGUACAUGCUUUUUGAUCUGGUGCCUUCUACAGAGAUUACAGGUGGUCCAUGGUACAAUGAGCAGGAGUUUGACCACGUAUUUAUUGACACGCUCAGCACGUUCGUGUACGAAGUGAUCAAGGCUUCGGGAAUGAGUACGUUGAACGCAAUCACAGACAAAGUGCAUGCCUCGGGUAUUUCCAAGGUGGCACUGGGUCCAGAAGAAAUCAGCUCUAUCAUUCAAACACUCAUGUACGAUGGUCGUGUCGAGGAAGUUCGCUCCGUGCGUCUCACGCCUGGUACAUCUCACGAGACCAAGUACAAGAUCUCGCAACAGAUCACGACCUUCAACUACUUGUCCGAGACUCCAUGUGGCGUGUGUCCGGUUUUUGAUCAAUGUCAGGAAGGCAACAUCAUUUCACCCCGCUCGUGCCUGUACAUGACCAAGUGGUUGGGCCUCAAGGAGCUUGACUUUUAG